AUGAGCUUCUGGGGUGCUACUGUAAUUUGCAAUCUAUUAUCACCAAUCCCAUACCUUGUAACAUGGUUACUAGGAGGUUUCUAUGUAGACAGUCCUACAUUAAAAAGAUUCUUUGUACUACAUUUUAUAUUACCUUUUGUAGCUCUUGUACUUGUAGUAUUACAUAUUUUCUAUUUACACCUAAAUGGAUCUAGUAAUCCAUUAGGUACAGAAACUGCAUUAAAAAUACCAUUCUAUCCUCAUAUGUUAAGCACCGAUGGUAAAGGAUUUAAUUAUCUAAUCUUAUUCCUAUUAGCCCAAUCAUUCUUUGGUCUAAUUGAAUUAUCUCAUCCAGAUAAUAGUAUACCUGUAAAUAGAUUUGUAACACCAUUACAAAUUGUACCAGAGUGGUAUUUCUUAGCAUAUUAUGCUAUCUUAAAAGUUAUUCCAAGUACAUUACUUUCAGUAUUAAUUAGACUUGAACUAAGUUCCUCUGGAUUACGUAUUAUUGCAUUAGAAAAUCAAAAUUUCUAUAACCUAGCAUUUACACUACAUGGUGCUAUUAUGAUUUUCUUUGUAGUUAUGCCAGGUUUAUAUGGUGGAUAUGCUAUUAUGCUAAUUGUUACACUACCAAUUCUUACUGGUGGCUUACUAAUGUUAGUAUUAGACUUACAUCUAAAUACUCAAUUCUACGAUGCUGCUUUUAACGGUGAUCCUGUACUAUAUCAACAUCUAUUCUGGUUCUUCGGACAUCCAGAAGUCUACAUUAUUAUUCUACCUGCUUUCGGUGUUAUAUCUCAAACAUUAUCUACUACUGCAGGUAAAUUAGUAUUCGGAGGUCCUUCAAUGAUCUUAGCUAUGGGAUGUAUUACUGUACUAGGUUCAUUAGUUUGGGCACAUCAUAUGAUGACUGUAGGUUUAGAGACAGAUACUAGAGCAUACUUCUCUGCUGUAACAAUGAUGAUUGCAAUUCCUACAGGUACCAAAAUUUUCAAUUGGUUAAGUACUUAUAUGGGAAAUCCAUUUAGUACAAUUUCAUUAGAUAUCUGGUAUGCUCUAAGUUUUAUUUUCCUAUUUACUCUUGGUGGUACCACUGGAGUAGUUCUAGGUAAUACUGCUGUAGAUGUUGCUCUACACGACACUUACUAUGUAAUUGCCCACUUCCACUUCGUAUUAUCUCUUGGUGCAGUUAUUGGAUUAAUCUGUGGGUUCUUCUAUUAUCAAGAUUCAAUGUUUGGUUACACAGCUAAUGUAUUUACUAGAAAUACUUCAGAUUCUCCAUAUCUAAGAGUAUGGUCUAUUGUAUUCUUAUUUAGUAUUUUACUAACAUUCUUACCAAUGCACUUAUUAGGAUUUAAUGUUAUGCCACGUAGAAUUCCUGAUUAUGCUGACUAUGUAACUUAUCUGAACACAAUGUGUUCUAUUGGUUCUAUUAGUACUGUAUUUAUAUUAUAUUCCUUAAUUUUCUAA